GUUCACACUUUCAUUUCCAACUCUGCAUGUUCCACUUCUUCUUCCUUCUCUCUUCAUUCUUCUCUCUUCUUUCCAUUUUCAUGGCUUCCUCUAUUCUCUAACAAUCCCAUAACUAAAUUAUUCAUUCCUUGUUUCAUCCUUCAAACUAUACGAGCAAGUCCUUCCAUAUUCCAGAGAUGCUUCCUUUCCAGACUCAUUACGGAUUCCAGAGCAGUUGGUCGUUGAGUUAUCACAACGCCGAUAAUCUCAAACCAUCAAUGUCCACCGCCGGUUGUUCGAUCGUCGACAAUGCUGCAGAUGCAUCUAAAGACGUGAAGAAGUCUUCGGAAGCAAGUCGAAGUCAUAAGGAAGCUGAGAGAAGACGGCGACAGCGAAUCAAUUCGCAUUUAUCUACUCUCCGUACACUCCUUCCUAAUACUACUAAGACGGAUAAGGCGUCGUUACUGGCGGAGGUGGUGAGUCAUGUGAAGGAGUUGAGACGGCGAGCGACGGAGGUUGCACGUCGGAGUACAGAACAAAGCGGCGGCGGAGGGAUGGUGUCGUGGCCGUUCCCUAGUGAGGAAGACGAAGCGACGCUAUGUUACUGCGAUAACGAAAAUAAGGUAAUGAGAGCGACGGUUUGUUGCGAUGAGCGGUCCAGUUUGAACCGGGAUAUGAUGCAGGCGAUCCGGUCGGUUGAGGUGAGGGUGGUUCGGGCUGAGACGAUGACAUUGGGGGGGAGGACGAAGAACGUGGUGGUGAUGGAGUGGAGCGGCGGCGGGAGGCAGAGGGAUGAGGAGUUUAUGGGCCUGAGACGAGCUUUGAAGGCCGUAGUGGAGAAUCGGGCCCAAAGUGUUUUGGGUAAUAAGAGGGCCCGGGCCUGUUGUCCAAUAGAGGAUACGUUUUUAAUGUGCUGACGUGGCCAAUGAAGGUUUGCGUCGGAAUUGUGGGGUUUGGGAAUCUUUUUUUAUAUUUAUUUUGAUGGUUUGGUGAAAAAUGGAAAAUGAAAGAGGCUUUAACUUGAGAAAGUGACCGACAUGUCGUUUGUAGCACAAGAGACGACAAGAAAGAAACACGUUUCGUUUAGGAAUAUAAUUUUUAAGUUGAUCAAUUUAUGUUCAAUCAAAACACACCAUUCGUAAACUGUGAUUAGAGGCACUUUAGCCACUACACGUGAUUUUAUAAAAUGAGAUCAUAGUCUCUACUUUCGACUUAA